GAACCGCUCAGACUGAAACACACCGGAGAGAGAGAGAGGAGCACUGACAACCAGCUGCUCCGUUACUCGGUUCAUCUCGUCGGUAUUUAUUUUGUUUUGAUGGGUUAAUUUAACAGAAAAAGAAGCUGAAUAUAAACCGAAACAAUCAUAAACCUGGAAACUUGACAUGGAAUGACACAUUUGUCACCGGAGUGGACUUUAACAUCGUCUUGUCGCCGGUUGUUUUGGCUCAUUUUUACCCGUCUGAUGAGCACCUGUUCCGGCCGGUUUCUGACCUGCAGACAGCCUCACCACGGAGCUCCAGAGAGACACAACUUCUACUGAGAUGGCCCUUGCAGAGACCAUCGAGAGCGUAGGGGAAACUGGAGUAAGUGGAGGAAACGACCCUCUUCCUCGCCACAACACCUGCAGCAUGGAGCUUCCUCGCCCCUUCUACAACUGGCCCGGCCUGCUCACCACUACCACCAUCACCACCGGCUCUGGGACCGGAACCGGUGCCAUACACCUCCGCCACCACAACCACCACCACCAUCUGCAACCUUUGCAGUCUCUCUAUCAGUCGUGCCCGCUGCCUUACCCCCACCCAGAGGGCCAGGACGAGCCCCAGACUCACCAGCAGCUACCCGCGUUAUCGCCAUCACCAACUUCUCCUCGGUCGCCGCUCUGCAAUCGGAGGGAAGAGAGGGGCGGAGGAGCAGUUGCACCCAGUGCCUUCUCAGGACACCAAUCAGAGUCGUACAGAGAGGAGGAGCGCCAGCAGGGACCUCUGCCGGACCUGCUGCCCCAGAACGAGCAGCCGUCCUGGGCUUCCCCACAUCACAGAGCCCCGAGAGCAGAGGCAGUGCAGGAGCUGGAGGUCAGGAGGGUGGCCCACCAGCUGAGGGCCAUCGGAGAUGAAUUUAACACCACAGUCCUCCACAGAGCGCACGCUGCCCCCCACUGGCGGGACUGGAGAGACGCCUGCCGAGGACUCUUCAACUUCAUCUCCCAGACUCUCAGCACUCUUUACAGGCUCACGUAGAGCGAGACGUCCUCAUCCGCAAACCUCCAGUUACCAUGGCGACUUUAUACAUUCAGGACUUGGCCAUCGGACUGUGCUACUAGUGAACAGAACAAGCUGCACUCGUCAUCCAUUUGAACCCGGAGGAUUAACGCGGUCUGAAAUCAAAAACGUUUUCUCUGAACAAAGAAUUUGAGGAGGACGAGAUGAGCAGCUGGAGGUGUCGGCGCCACCUGUUGGCCGGAUCAGGGUGCUACCUGUGGAAACUGGACCCUGCCUGUCUGUCCCUCCGUCAGUCAGUCUGCUGGUUCGGACUGCAGCUGACGGACCGACGGUCUCUUUCCUACCUGUAUAUUUUGUAAAAUCCACUUUAUUUCGCUGUCUUUGUCUCGAGGCUCAUCUCAGUCAGUGUGUGUGUGUGUGUGUGUGUGUGUGUGUGUGUGUACAUGGCAGACGUGGGUAAAAAAAAAGGUUAUAUGUACUGAGAUAUCAGUGCAAAAUGGAAAAUACAGAUACAUCAAAAUUUGGAGCUUUUUAAUUUUGAUUUAAUAUCAGUCACUAUUUUUCUGGAGAAUGUGUCUUUUUUUUUUUCAAAAUUGGAGAGAUAUCAUCCGCCUGUUCGUCUGAAAAGGCGUAUGAAUGACACGAUAAUGCACAAGGCAUUUAGCGCGCUUUUAGCGUGCCAUUUUUGCCGUGUAGGCUGUACUGACUGCAAUGCAAAGUGACGUAAAAUAAAAAGGGAGAAAGACCACAGUUCAACUUUGAGGGAUUUACGGUGCUGGAAAUCCAUUUAUCUUUGUUUUAUUUUGUGUUUAGUUUAGUCAGUGAGGCUUCCAGCAACCUCAUCACCAUCGUCAUCGCAGCAUGGAGGUUUUGGUUGCUUAGUACAGCCCCUUAGUGUCAUUUGUUUUCCGUACUUCUGUUUCCGUACGUAUUUUACUUAGUUUCCGUACUUAUUUUAAGCUCAAACGUGACGUUUUUCCUAAACCUGAAUAAGUGGUUUUGUUGCCUAAACAUAACUGCGGCUGUAGUUUUGUUGCAUGGCGUACAAAUGGCAUGCGAAAAGCAUUAAAAGCGUCCUCAUGAAUGUCCUUGUAAUGUCGUGGUAUUCAUACACCUUCCCGUGAGAUCGGGUUGCUCCAAUUCUUCCUUUUGAUUAUGUAAAAACAUGAUUUGUCCCUCGUCUGACGUGUGCAUAUUACUGUCGUUUCUUUUAUUCUUAUAAACUGUGAAACUGGACGCUGUGUUUGCAUCGCAGGGAAACGAUAAAAAAAAGAAGUCGGGUGUUAUUCGACAGCGUGAACCUCUCUCCCAAUCUGCUUCAUUUCAUGAUACCAUGUGCCUUCCUGCUCAGCGCUCUGUUGAGGCCUAAUCUCCAAAACCGGGACAAUCAGUCACCCAUUCAAAGAAACUCUUCAAGUGCUUUGUUUGUCAUUUGAAUUACACUCAACGGCUCCAGCGUCAGCGUGGUUUUAGGUCAUUUAAGGACAGAAACAGCUUCAUCUCUGGAUAUUCCUCCGUUCACGCUGCCAGUGUUGGGAGCUGGCUGGGUCUCGCCCGCCUGUGUCGACAGUGUUUAUAGUUUGUAAAUAUUCUUUUGGACGAUGAAUCUGAACUAAUAGAGACUUAAAAAGUACUUAUCAAAUCGAGAGAGUUCGACGUGUUUGGGAGAUCAUUUUGUAUUUCUGAGCGGCCAUCGGCAACAGAUGUUUGAAUUUAAAUCCAGUGGAUUUGAGACGGUAUUCCAAGAGUUAAAGAAAUUAAUUUGGAUCUUUUGAUUGUUGAAAAAGUAUUUGAUGACGUUUUGUAAAAAUGACCCCUUCGCUUGUGCGAUUACUUUCACUGUAGUUUGGGAGGAAAUGUUUAUUGCUCAUAUUAAGAGCAUAAUUUAUUUUGUAACGUAGCCUAUCUGUAGCUUGUUUUUUUUUUGGUUUUCUACAUAAUGUAUUAUUUAUUUGUUUUCUUACAUUCCUGAU